CAUUUCUCCCUCAUCUCUCAAUGGCCUCCUUCCUCAACUGGGCUCGUUCCCCCGCUGCUCGGGAGUAUUUCUUCAGCACACAUUUCUGGGGCCCAGUAGCCAACUGGGGUCUCCCCCUUGCUGCCCUCGCAGACUUGAGCAAAGAUGAGGAGGUCAUCUCGGGAACCAUGACCAGCGCUCUUACCUGUUACUCUCUUGUUUUCAUGCGGUUCGCAUGGCGAGUACAACCACGGAAUUACCUCCUCUUCGCCUGUCACGCCACAAACGCUACUGCCCAGUCAGUGCAGGGUGUCCGAUUCCUGAACUAUUGGUACAACGGUGGCAAAGAGAAGAAGGACAAGGAGAGCCUGUUGGUCCCCGCCGAGUCUGUGAAGGGAAAGAUUGCUCAGGCUGUGGAGGAGGCACGAGCAGAGUCGCGGGAAGUCGCCGACAAGAUCAAGAAGUAAAACUCUUCCUUCUCUGGGCGACGCUUACUUUAGAACCGUCAUGGGUACUAUUUAUCAUUUGUGCUUGGUUCACAUCCAUUGCGCUUCUCAGAGCGAUUUGAGCAGCACGAGCUGCUUGCGGUGAUGUUACAGAUAAUUGCAGGAAGCGUGCCA